GCAUAUGAUUACCCGCGGGCAUCUCUUCUCCCUCAAUCAAAGCUAUACAAAGGGAAAGGGGAAAGCAAAAGAGGAGGAAGAAGGAAGAAGGAAGAAGGAAGAAGGAAGAAGGAAGCGCCAGAGGAGGUGCGAGGGACGGGGGCCGGCUCCUCGUUUUUUUAGAUGCAAUUGUUGUUCCAAGAAUCAAAAGAAGUGGGUACUCCCCCCAUUUCAUGGCCGCAAGGCCUCUGCGUUUAAUUCCGGAGCAUCGACUAUUCUUCAUCUCUCGUUCGGCGCCUCUAUCUUCACGUGCUCCUUCUCCAGCGUUUACAAAAAGAGAAACUGCGGCAACACCUUUUCUGUGCCUUCGUAGGAUCGCCUGCGGGGCUCCACUCACCAAUCCAGAGCAACAACACCCGUCAUAUCACCACCGUCUAUCGACUCUAGAGGAAAACCUGGCGCAGAAGAUCGGCAAGUCCAUCCGUAGGCCUGGUGCCAGCUCUAAGGCUAGGGUUUAUGCCGACGUUAACGUUAUCCGUCCCAAAGAAUACUGGGAUUAUGAGUCCCUUACAGUUCAAUGGGGGGAGCAGGACCAUUAUGAGGUGGUGAGAAAGGUGGGAAGAGGGAAAUACAGUGAAGUUUUCGAGGGUGUUCAUUGUACCAACAACGAACGCUGUAUCAUUAAAAUUCUCAAACCCGUAAAAAAGAAGAAGAUUAGGAGGGAAAUAAAGGUACUGCAGAACCUUUGUGGUGGUCCAAAUAUUAUUAAAUUGUUGGAUAUCGUCAGAGACCAACAAUCAAAGACGCCCAGCCUUAUAUUUGAAUAUGUGAAUAAUACUGAUUUUAAAGUGCUUUAUCCAACAUUAUCAGACUAUGAUAUUCGAUAUUACAUCUAUGAAUUGCUGAAGGCAUUAGAGUAUUGCCACUCACAAGGUAUUAUGCACCGAGAUGUGAAGCCACACAAUGUCAUGAUUGAUCAUGAGCAGCGUAAGCUCCGCCUUAUAGAUUGGGGGCUUGCAGAAUUCUAUCAUCCAGGGAAAGAAUACAAUGUUCGUGUUGCUUCAAGGUAUUUUAAAGGCCCAGAGCUUCUUGUUGAUUUACAAGACUAUGAUUACUCUUUGGACUUGUGGAGCCUUGGUUGUAUGUUUGCUGGAAUGAUAUUCCGUAAAGAGCCAUUUUUCUAUGGACAUGAUAAUUAUGACCAACUGGUCAAAAUAGCUAAGAUACUUGGAACAGAUGAAUUAAAUCCAUACUUGGGAAAAUACCGUCUGGAGCUGGACCCACACCUUGAGGCCCUUGUUGGAAGACAUGGUCGGAAGCCAUGGACUAAGUUCAUCAAUGCCGAUAAUCAACAUUUGGCAGUGCCUGAGGCAAUCGACUUUCUUGACAAGUUGCUACGGUAUGACCACCAAGAGAGGCCGACUGCAAAAGAAGCAAUGGCUCAUCCUUACUUUUAUCCCGUGAGAAGUGCAGAAAGCAGCGGGACUCGUACCCAAUAGCUCGAGUUACAGUGGCCAAUAAAGAAUGCCAUCUUGGCUCUUUGGCUUUGUGUGAUCUUGCUGUAAUUUGUUUGGAGAACCAUGUUUAUGUAGGUUUGCUUUUAAACCAUAUGAUUUGACACUCCUCUUUUCCUCAUUUUGGGGUCGCGAAAAUUGCAAUAUUCAGUUUGCAACAAAGGGGCUAUUUACCCCGUGUAUUUUUGACCUGCGGCCUAGUUGGUUUGCAACACAAUUUCAUUUGCACUGGUUCCUAAGUAUGGGAGUGGAAAUGAGUUGUAUGCAGAUUCUGCUUUAUUUUGUCUUAAAUUUUACCUUUUAUUGUUUAUUUAUGGCAUAAACGAAGUAAAACAAAGUAAAACUUACUUGCAGCCUUUUAAUUUGUA